CCACGCCAGCACCCAUAUGCAGCCAACAAAAUAGGCAGCAGGCCAUCUCAGCAAAAAACAGCUCAGGAGGAGUAAUGCUAUCAAGCAUGCCACGUUUGCAAGCCGCUACCACCGUCAGCGCCGAAGGAAUGUCCACGUCAGCAGGUAAGUGCCUUGUCUCCUCCCCCUUCCACGUCAGCACACUCUUGCCAGUCUCUUGCCCAGUGCCACGUCAACAAUUCUCUCGCCAACUGGCACUGGAUACACCAGCCAUCCGUGCCUGGUAUUACAAUGGUGAGGAUUCCAUCACGCUGUCUGUGAAGGACAGCUCCGGUGCAGGUGAUGUUAGGCAGAUGUAUCUGAUGGUGCUACCAACCAAUGAUCCUCCCAUCAUUAUGGCUCCCACAUCGAUCAGCAUCAACAUCACAACCAAAGGUGCUGUUGCUGCCUUCCCGGGCGUCUCAGAUUCUCGUAACGAACCGACAACUCAGCAAGCCAUUCAGCCUCUGGAGGCCCAUUCUGUGAGUGCGAUACGCGAGAGACCAAAAUCAUUCUCUGAUGCAGCUUCCAUCAAACGUAAGCUUCCAUCAUUGGCCCCAACUGAAACUCAAAUUGGCCUUCUGCCUGAACAGGAGGUUCAAUUGACCCCUCCACAGGAUGGAGAGCCUGAGCUCCUUGAGGAGCAAGUACCACAGACAUGGUCCCCUCAGCUGAACCCCCAGGCGACCCCUCCGCUGACCCCUCCGCUGACCCCUCCGCUGACCCCUCCGCUGACCCCUCAGCCGACCCCUCAGUCGACCCCUCAGAUGACCCCUGAGCUGACCCCCGAACUGACCCCUGAACUGACCCCUGAACUGACCCCUCAGCUUGUACCUCAGGUGACACCUCAGUUCCUACCCCAGAUAAUGACACAGCUGCCACCUGAAAUGCUACUGCAGCCAUCUUAUCCAUCAGCUUCGUACUCUUCAGCUCAGUUGAGUCUGUUGACUCCGUACCCUUCUCCACACCCCUCUCCUGAACGUGUAACUCAUCCUCCCGGGUCACUGUUGGACCUAGCACCCGAACAAGCAACAAGUGUUUUUCCUGUGGCUCAACGGCAAGCAAAUUUGUCCAGUGAUUGGCAAUCGAAAGGCGUACCUAUUACUGGACUCUCUAUCUCAGAUCCAGACUUACAGACUUACAUCGGACCAUCAGCCAGUGCCACUGAUACAAGCAUCGCCAAGCCCAACAUGACGAGCAUGAUGCACAUCACCCUUGAAGUGACUCAUGGGGUUCUGAGCAUCCCUUUACUCAGCCGGAUGGAAACGGAUGCCGAAGGCAAGUCUGUCCAGGCGUCUCAACUCAGUGUGAGCAAGCGUGUUCUCUUCGCACCGAGCACAUCCAAGUCAAUAUCAACUUCCGCUCUGCUGCUGACUCCAUUUGCUCCACGAUCAGACGCAAAGGCGACAAUCACAGAUACGCUUGUGGGAACAUCUCCUCCACUACAAGUUGAUCGAAAUGUCAGUGCCAGCUCAGACGCUAUUGCUAAUCAGCAACAAUCAAUCCUGUCAGCACCCACAGCAGCAGGGGAUGGCACGGGAGCAGGAGGAAUAGCAGAAGCGGGAUGGAAAGGACAUAUGGAAGGAGGAGGAGGUGGUGGAGAAGGAGGUGAAUGGAGACAAAGACAAGAAAUUGACCAGCAUAAAGCAGUAGGUGGGGUGGACAGAGGAGUGCAAAGAGAAGUGGGAGGGGAAGGUGGGGUAGAAAGAGGAGGAGGAGACGGAGAAAGAGAGAGACAAAGGCGAGGAGGCAGAAGUGGUAAAGGAGUUGGAAAAAGCAACAGAGGGGAAGUAGAAGAUAAACAAGGAGGAGGAUGGGGACGAGGAGGAGGAGGAGGAGGAAGUGAGCAACAAAGACAUGAAGGUGACAAUAGUCAAGGAGUUCGAGAAAACACAGGAGAAGUACGUGAUAAAGGAAGACAGGGAGGAGGAAGACAAAGAGGAGGAGGAGGAGCUGGAAGCGAUAAAGAAGUCAGAGCAAACAGAGCACAAGUGGGAGACAACGGAGUAGGAGGAAGAAAAGGAGGGGGACCUGAAACCACCUUGCAUGGACAGGUCAACACUGAUGGAGAGCUAUUACGGAAGAAGGACAAUGGUUACCACUCUAACCACUCUUUUCCACCUCUGCAGCUCCUGAAUGGACACGAACAGAACCUGCAGAAGCUACAGUCUGAAAAAAUGACCUUGAACCAUACUCAGAAUUCAAAUUUGUCAAACUUGGUUUGUCAUGGAAAGAGCCAUGGCGACAUUAGCAUCAGGGAUGUCCGAGGGAACAACCUCACUGCUCAUUCUGCUCAUUCUGCUCAAUCUGCUCAAUUUCGUCAAUCUGGUCAAUCUGUUCAAUCUGCAAAGUUUUCUGGGUCAGCUGCGUUAUCUCAAUCUGUUGCCUGUAUUCAAUCCGUCGAAUCUGGUCAAGGAACCAUUGUGGAGGAUAAAGGAGGAGAAGAAGCUGCCUCUGCUUCUCUGCCACCUCCUUCGUUGGGCAAAUCCACUGCUCAAGUUCUUCCCUCAGAGGCAGAAAUCCAAGGCUCAAUCAUACAGUUCGUAGCACAGAUCGAUGUCAUCAACCGUGCCAUCUCCGAACUUGUCUAUCGGAGGGAAGCGAUUAAUGGUAGCAUCUCCAUAAUGGAUGACACAUUGGUUGUAGUGGUGAAUGAUAUGGGCAAUAUUGGAUGCAAUGAGGCGUAUGUUGAGUGCCCCACGCAUGCCCGACAGCCGCAGUUCGCCGAAGUGAGAAUUCCAAUUUACGUUGUGGGUGUUGAUUUGCCUCGAAAGGUGACCAGAACGAAGCAGGCUGUGCUUGGCACUGUUGUUGCUGUGGUGUGCACGUCUGUAUUAUUCAUUGGAAUUUUUGCUGCCAUUGCAUCAAGGAGGCACCACGAGGAAGCAAAGCGUGCGAAGGUGGAAAUUGAAGAAGAGAGCCACGAGAUCACAAGGUGGCUGAGAGCAGUCAACCCAAGGAUCGACUGGCAGAUCCCCAAGGUUGAACUGCCAAACAGCAAAGGGGUGUAUCAGCCUUGCAUGAUUGCAACUGAUCACCACCCUCAGACAUCUUGCUUCUGCUUGAGAGCGAGAGAGUUUUAUGCUCUCUCUCGCCAGUACGAUCAUGAGCGCCUGUUCAUUGCUCUAGUCAAGCAGACAGACGCUCCCUCUACUCCCUAUCCUCUUGAGAUACAGCAGGUUGUAGACCAGUACGCUGAUCUGAUGCGGGAGCCCUUUGGGUUACCCAACCGGCCAACCAAGCAUCAUAUUGAGCUGCUGCCUGGAGCGGUCCCUCCCAAGGGCCGCAUCUAUAGGAUAUCACCUGCUGAGCUUGAGGAGCUCGGGCGACAACUUGAGACCCUGACCAGCAAAGGCUGGAUCAGGCCCAGCACUUCUGAAUUCGGUGCUCCAGUCCUCUUUGUUCCAAAGGGGAGUGGUGAGUUCAGAAUGUGCAUAGACUACAGGGGUCUCAACAAGAUCACUAGGAAGACCACAGAGCCACUCCCUAGGAUCGAUGACCUUCUGGAUAUGGUCCAGGGCUGCACCAUCUUCAGCAAAAUCGACCUCAAAUCGGGCUACCACCAGAUUGAGAUGGCAGAGGAGGACGUCCACAAGACGGCCUUCAAAACCAGGUAUGGUACUUAUGAGUAUCUGGUGAUGCCAUUUGGACUUUGCAAUGCACCUGGCACAUUCCAGACCGAGAUGCACCGCAUAUUCAGGCCGUACCUGAACAAGUUCAUGGUUGUUUACCUGGAUGACAUCCUGGUAUUCAGCAGGACUGCCAGGGAACAUGCGGAGCACUUGGCUCUGAUUCUUCAGGCAUUACGUGACAACCAGUAUAAGAUCAACAGGGAGAAGUCCUCUUUUGGAGUUCCCUCUGUUAUCUACCUGGGUCAUGUGAUUUCUGAAGAUGGGCUGGCCCCUGAAGCAGCCAAAGUUGCUGCUAUUCAGGAUUGCUCACAACCCCAGACAAUCCGGCUUAUGGACCCAUCGCCAGGAAUCUGCAAGCAGAUCCUAAUUCUGAACUUGGCUAUGCCCUGUUCAGAUCUGCUGUAUGCUUACAGCAGAGGAGAGGAGCGCUUGUGCAUCCCUGAGGACCAGCAGCUGAGGACACUGCUGAUGUCAGAGUGCCACGACGCGCGUGGACACUUUGGGUUCCUAAAGUCAUAUGCAGCCCUGCCGCAGCGCUUCUUCUGGAAGGAGAUGCGGAGUGAUAUGCUGCACUAUGUGGACACCUGUGAGCUCUGCCAAAGGAACAAGGUUCAGCGUAAACCUCCUUUGGGAUUGCUCAAACCUUUGCCCAUACCUGAUGGUCCUGCCCAGUCUGUAUCCAUCGACUUUACAGACUUAGGCAAGACUACCCCUCGUGGCAUGCGUCAGGUAAUGGUCUGCGUGGACAGGUUUUCCAAAUACGCAGAGUUCAUCCCCUUGCCAGAGGUAGCCAGGGUACCGACUGUGAGAGCAGCCUUUUCUGAGAGGUGGGUCACACACCAUGGACCGCCCACUUCUAUUGUGAGUGAUCGAGACCCCAGAUUCUGCAGCGAUGAGUGGCAGUCCUACUGCAAGGACUAUCUGCACUCACGCCUGGACAUGACAUCUGGUCGUCAUCCUGAAGCCAAUGGAUUGGCUGAGGUGAUGAACCAGGUCCUGUUCCAGUUGCUACGUCCUGUGAUCUCUCCUGAUCAGCAGGACUGGGAUCUCCACUUGGCGAGGGCACAACUCAUGUAUAACAUGUUUGUCCACUCGUCGACAGGGUUCAGUCCCUACCGGUUACAUUGGGGACGUGAACCACGACAGCCUCUCGAUGACAUCAUCGAUAAGGCUAAGCCUGACCUUACCCCAGACACAGCAGAGUUCGCCAGACGCUAUCAUCUGGAAGUGGAAAGAGCCUGGGCGAACUUGUUCAGGGCCGAAAAGGCCAUGAUUGAACAAGCCAACCGCCACAGGCAGCCUUCCCCCACCAUCCGCACUGGUGACUAUGUCUGGGUGGCCAGUUCUGAGUUGUCGAGGGAGGAGGAUAUUUCUCUAGAGCUGUUGCCACGCUACCUGGGUCCGUGGCAGGUCCUAGAUGCAGUGGGCGUUGAUCCCUUCGGUCCGUCGUAUGUCAUCGACGUCCCGCUGCAUCUACGCACCUAUCCGGUCUUCCAUGCAUCCAAGCUGCUGCCUUUCAUUCCAGCUGAUGCAUUCCCUGACCGGCCCCCUCAAUGGGGCCCACCAAUCCAUGGUAAGGGAUAUGAUGUGGUGGCCAUUGAGGACGAGUGGGGCACUGGCCCCGACCGGCAGUAUCUUGUCAGGUUUGUGUUCCAGCCUCCUUCUGAGAACCGGUGGUUCUACAGAAGAGACCUGAUCAAGACAGCCAACAAUCUCGCAGUCCUUGCUGGGGCAUGGGAGCGUAGUAGGGAUGAUUUCGAUGAUGAGCUUGGAACCCUCUGUGAAAAGCUCGAGCUGAGGAAACACGAAUACGCGAGGGAAUGCAGGGAAUUAGGUGGUAGAGCGGCAAGGAUCGAGCAGAUUUUCCUCAAUAUAUGGGGGGUAGAUGAUUCGCACUUGGAAGGACGAGUGCCCGUAGUACACCUCGGCUCCCCCAGCUCCCAGGGCACCCCCGCGACACGUUGUCACGAUCUCGCAAUCGAAGAGGAGGAAAGAGCUGAGAUGGAGCUGGCGAUUGCUGCCAUUACAGCUGCCAUGCAAGACUCCCCGCUCAUGACCGGACGCGGCAGCAUUGACGCUUCCGAACGCGAUCAAUACACAGCCUUUGCCCCUCCAGCAUCCGCGUGCUGGGUUGAGCACACCUCCACGGGGUUUAGACAUGCAAUCUGGAAGAUGGACACAUUCAACCAUCUUGCACCUAUCUUCGUCCGGGCGCUUCAAGUCCUGGGGGGCGUUAGUGAUGAGCAGGUCAAGCAAUGCAGGGCGCAGAUACUAAAAGGAAAAUUGAAGUAUUGUGGGAAGGUCGCCCCGCUGGAUCCGCAGGACCUGAAGUUUCCCCCUAUGCGCGAUCUGGACCCGGAUAAGUGUGGAGAGACUAACUCGGGAAUGUGGCAGAAGGUUAUUAGACAGGAUGGGAAGACCGAUCUAAGGACCCUCAGAAAGAUCUGGAGUGUAGGGAGACCGUACUUAAAGUGUAAGUGCAAGAAAGAGAGAAACAAGGAUUGUGGGGACACCCCCCUCUGGUUCGAUCACGCCAUCUGGUUCCUAUUGGCACAUCCUGAUGUCCUGUUCCCAACCCUGUCCUCGAUCAAAAUGAUCACGCUUCCUAAUGGCAGGAAGGCAUGGAAGAGGCAGAAACUCGACUGCGACACGUUCCUGCAUCUGAAGUACACCAGCCACUUGAUGGAGCCUCUUUCUGUCAGGAGGUUGGUAAAUGAGGUGCUCGGCAGGGUAAUCGGGGAUGACACGACGACAUGGCUAGAGCGCGUCAGGAUCAGGUGGACCUACAAUCCGAAGAUAGCCUCCAGACUGUGCAGACCAACGGAGACGUUCUGCGAAUUCGACGUGGCACAGUGGAUAGAGAACUACCAUCCCGAUCAAUGCCCCUGCAGGACACGAAGAUACAUGGACAUGCGCAGCAACUGGUCGAUAGAGUUACUCGAGAGUGAAGGCUGCACGCACGUCAUUACGAUGGACACAUCAAUCACCGAUAACCCGCUGCUACAGGGCAUCAUCGGAGCCGGCCUCAACCAUAUUCCAUGCAUGGCCCUGGACGUGGAGGAAGCAAGCGUCGAACUGGGGAACUGUUUGGACGAGCUAUUCGCACGAGCCGUGAUCCACAUCAAUCGCGAGGCCCGUGGCCCGGGCGAGGAGGGAUUCUCGGGACACGAGGACAUGCUAGCGUUCGAUCUAGUUACUGGGGAAGGGAUCGAGAACUGGCAGCGGCGAGUAGGCAAGGGACAGGUGCCUGCAACGGAGAGUGCGAGGUGGGAGGGUCCUUCAAAGAGGAAGGAAGGAGGAGUUCAUCCGGCUGCCACGCAAUAUGGAAAGAGGCUUAGGCAGCAGAGGGUUGACGAGGUCUACGGUGGCGAGUGGGUUGCUCGCCACAAGAAGGUCUUCCUUCGUUGGCUUUAUUCCAGUGGGGUCUCCUUCAAUGCCUUUCGCAGUGAGGCAUGGAAGGCAUAUGUCCAUGUGCUCCUUCGGCAACCUGACAAUUCGCAGUACGUUGUGCUCUUUAACCACAUCGAGAUUGCGAGCAUGCAAGUUGUGGAGACCCACCACGCGGAGUUAGCAGAGGAAUUGGAGGAGGACACUUUGCAGGGCAUGAUGCGAGGGGACCAUUCGCGGGCUUUUGCUUCCAUUCCGCGGUUUGCCGACAUGUGCUACACGGCGCGUUGGGUGCGCCUCCAGAUUAUAUGGGAUCCUUGGUGGCAGAGAGUGACGACCAUCGUUCAUAUCAUGGAACCCGUUGUCGGGACUGAACUAGGAAAAAUGGCAACGGAAGAGGAGACAGAUAACCGUAAGAGUGAAGGAGAACCAGGCUUAGAAGGCAAUGCCGCGCAAAGCGAAGGGGGGCAGAAGGACAGAGAGUCGAUAAAUCCGGAUGGUACCAAAGGGAACCGGAAGGAAAUCUCCAUAGGAGAAAGCUCGGGGAAAGCCGGGGGAAGCAGGCAAGGGAACCAGGGGGCCAAGGAAGGCAGAAAUAAGGAUAGGACAAGCCCCCGAAACUCGGAAGGAGCCAUGCCUAAGAAAGUACGGGUCACGGACACAAGGCGCAAACUAGCCGAGAUAGACAAGAGGACCGCGGAAUACAAGGCAAGACUGAUUGAGGAAAUGAUGAUUGGGAACGAAGAAGGUCCUCUGCAGGAGGAACCCCGGGACGAACGGAAAGCCAGCCAAGGAAGCCGGAUCCGGCAAAAACCGACAAGAUAUCACAAUGGCCGACACCGUUGCGCACGACAACGGAGGAGGAGGGUGGCCACUGUGCCACCCCGGCGGACAAGGGGGGGGGCAGCCCGAGCGGAGGAGGAGGUCGCAAAAGUGUCAGCGGUGGAGGGGGAGGUAGCAGCGGCAGAGGAGGAGGUACCAGCAGUGGCAGUGGGGGAGGAGGAUGUGCCAGCUGCAGCGACAAUGAAGGGGGAGGUAGCAGCAGUAGCAGCAGCAGUCGAGGAGGAGGUAGUGGCAGCGACGGUGGUGCCAGGCGUUGAUAUGGAGCAUGAUGGUGUGGAUGCCACUGAGGGCGAUGACGAUGCCGAGGAGCACCUAAUGCAGCAGUUUAUCAUGGAGGAUCGCGAUCUAGUCGUGGGGUUUUUCACCCCGGGCAAAGCGGCAUCGACGGAUCGGGCACCAUCGAGGAAUGAGGCGGCGGGCAAGAUGGGGAUGCAAACCCCGAGAGAGAGGACGUCGGCGGAGUUUUCAGAUACGGCAUGCGACAUCAUGGAGCGAGAGAGGGCUCGACUUAUGCCAUCCAGCGACCCGCUUGCUCAGGUGUUCGCACGAGCCUUGGAGGACUGCAGGCGUCGAGAGACAGGGAGAGAUGGUGGGCAGCGUGGGGUGGUGGCAAGGGAGGACGUUAUGGAGGGAGUGGCACCAGAGGCGGAGGAGGUUGUGGAGGGUGGUCCACAGGCGGUGGAUGAGGCUGUGGAGGGUGGGCCACAGGCGGUGGAUGAGAUUGUGGAGGGUAGACAGGGGCGAGACGGGGGGCUGGCGACGCGCUGCCCAUAUACUACCCUACAGUCAGAAGCUGAGCAGGCACGGAUCGCCGCCAUCCUGAAAGAGAGAAAGGAGGAGCUCCUCAAACAGGCGAAGUUGAAGGCGAUAGCUGAGGAGCAGACGGCGAAGAAGAAGAAAUUGGAGGAGGAGAUGAUGAGACUACAGCAGGAGGAGGAAGAGAAAAAGAGGGCUGCCGAAGAAGAAGCAGCAGCAGAGGAGGAAGAAGUAGAAGAAGAACCCUUCGAAAGGAGACGUAGAGAUGAAAGAGGAGAAAGCAGUGGCACAAAAGCAGAAGAUUGGUGGAUGGAGAAGAAGAUCAACGAAUGGCUGGCUAAUUUAUCACUGGGGGAAGAUGAAGAGGCAAUGUUGUAUAGGGCGAUGGAGCUGAAGUUCUGCAGGCUCAAAUGGAUCACGAAGGGGCAAACGCUGCCGGGCUCCAAUGGUGAUUUCCUCAUGGAGUGCAAAUUGUGUGGCGAGGGGUUUCAGGGCAGUCAAACGAAGGCCGCUGCACACUUCACAAUAAAGAACAAUUGCCCCAAAGUCUCUGUGGAGCAGCUGGCAGAGAUUUGGAACAAGACGAACUAUAAGUUCGAUCAGAGCCAUUGCCGGAAGAUCCUCGACUUCCUGAAGUCUCGUGGGUAUCGAGACAACAUAUGUACUUCGAGGAGGGAGCAGGCGGGGGAGGAGGAGGACGAGGACAACGAGGAUGAGAGGUGGGCGACCGAGGGUCGAGAGUAUGAUGAUGACAGCUAUAUGCUGGCCAUGAACGUGCGGAGAGAGGUGGAGCGCGCCAGGGGCAAGAUGAGGGGGGAGAAGGUCGUCGACGAGGACAACACUCCGGGUGAGGACGACGACGAGGACGUGGACAUUGGAGCCUCUCUUGAUGGGGGGCUGAUAGUCGGGUGGCCGUCGAGGCCAAGAGGGGGCAGCAAGAGCGAUGAUGAUGGUCGCAAGUUCAUCACGAGUGACGAGAUAGUUAACUUCCUUGCUGCUGGACUCUCGAGAGCCUACCUUCUCAGGACUGUGCAGUGGGACGGUGCUGUUCAGGAAACAACCGAGGCCGUGGUGGAGCGAUGGAAGGACGUGUUCGACAAGUUCGGUGUCGAAAAUGUCAACGCCAUUUGCACUGACUACACGUCGGCGUAUAUAGCUGCUUCCAAGCUCCUCGCGAAGGAGGAGGUCCAGUACAGCCGCAUCACUUGGCUUCCUUGUGCGGUCCAUGUCUGCAACUUGUUGUUGUCAGACAUCGUGAAGGACGACACCAACAGGAAGGUUGGAAAAAGGGAGGACACCAUCAUCAGGGCUCGAGCGGUCGUGCAUUUCAUCAGAGAGCAGGGGGCGGCUCUCAACCUUUAUCGACGGUACUCUUUUACCCACCCGUCUUCCGCCUCCGCAGCAGCGGCCAGUUCCAGCGCUGCACCACCCCCGGCUCAACGACGAGGCAGAGAGCUUGUGUACCCCGCGCAGACGAGGUUUGCCACACACUAUUUGAUGUUGGAGAGGUUGUUGGAUCAUCGUAGAGCACUGGAGACGUUAAUGAUGAGCGAUGAUUGGUUGCGGACUGCAUGGAGGAGGUCCAUUUUCUUGCAGGCUAAGUGGGUGCGUCAUCAGGUGCGGUACUCGCCAUUUUGGGAGCACGUGGAGGACAUCGUGGAGCUGAUGACGCCUGUGACGCAGUUGCUACGCCGUUUGGACAGAGGGGGACGCGUCAUAACUCGCAUGUGGUCGUGGGUGCUUACCAUGGUUGAGAGGGUGGCCAUAGCGAGACUAAACAGGACGUCGAAGGAGGAGCUCCACAUCGUCCUUCAGGCUUGUCAGGCGCGGGUGGAUCAUAUGUUGGAGCUAGCACAUUGCAUGGCCCACCUCCUCAACCCGCACCACAGGAGCAUCACGUUUUUCAGAGCGGUGAGGCAGACCGAGCACGACAAGACAUUGGCUGAGGAGGCACUGCGAUACCUUCGCCAGCAGACUGGCGAUGACGAGGAUUUGUAUCAGACGUUGCGCACACAAUUGGCGAAGUUCCAUAGUCGAGAGGGCGAUUGGACAUACGAAGGGUGUGAGGGUGACAAGGACGCGACCUCCUGCAGAGGGGAGAAGAAGACGUCGCAGGUCAGGCAGUGGUGGGUGCAGCACGGGGACGGGGUCCCUCUCCUUCAGAGUUAUGCCAUUCGCCUGAUGCACACAUGGACGUGCGCCUCUCCCGCGGAGAGGAACUGGGCCGUCCAUGAGAGUGUUCAGGUGAAGAGGCGUAACAAGCUUGGUUUCAUCAAGCUUACUCGAUUGGUGGAGAUAUCCACCAACUUGAGAUCGAGUCGUUGUCAGGGGAGGGGUUCAGGGUACGUUCUGCCAUGGGAGGACGAUGAGGAGACGGAGGACGCUAUUCCCUGCCUCGUGACGAGGGUGUUCGGCCAGCUGACUAAGUCACAGAGGCGCAGCACGAGCGGCAGGUGCAGCGCGGGCAGAGGGAUCGCCUUUCGAGGGGCACCGCCUAGUGUGGAGACUCGGGGAGAUCCUGAGGAGGGAGACGACGAUGACAACGGUGUCGGGAGGGGGUGCGAGGGCAGCCGUGAGGACGAUGAUGAUCCCGACUAUUCCCCGACACGCCGACUUGCUGACGACGACGACGAGGGCGGCGACGAUACACAACCUGUUGGUGGUUUACGGAGGUCCGAGAGAAACUGUGGUGACCGUUGCAGUGGUGCAGGCUGGGGAGGUAGCGGGCCGGGUGUUGGGGGUGCAGGGCACACAGGUGGCGCAGGCCGUGCUGGUGGAGGACGGGGGAGGCGAGAGUCUGCAUCGUCCACUCGCGUUGUACACUGGGAUGAUGAGGGUGCCGCGACAACACAGGUUGUUGUUUCGUCGGCAGAGGUCGCAGCCUCCCCGCAGAGCUUACUGAGGUUGCAGCCGGGUCUGCAAAGGUUGCUGCCGCGUAGGCAGAGGUUGCAGCCGGGUCUGCAGAGGUUGCUACCGCCCGCGCAGAGGCUGUUGCAGUAGGUUGGGAGGGCAUCUGCACAGUUCGGUGCCACUUUCAGCGAUGACAUGUUUGGUGCUUCAUUGGGGCUUCCUCCGACGCCGACAUGCGAGAGUGGUAGUGGUGGUGUGGACGCACAAGCUACGGCCGCUAUGCCCAUCAGUCAGAUCCUUAGAGGCUUGCCUUCAUGCAGCGUGGGUGACAUCAGCAGCAACAUGUUGCGGGAGGUAGCGGAGGAGACACAGGGUUCGUUGGGGAAGCAUGAGCAUGUAGUAGGGGAUGAUGGGGAAUGUCGACCUGUGCAGGAGCGAGUGCUAGAGUCGGAGCAGGAGAGGACUGACCACGAGGAGAGGGAAAGGGCGCUGGAGUUGGCUAGGCGUUGCGAGAUGACACAGACUAUUGAGGCGCAGGCACGUGCAAAGCGGAUGCUCGAGACGGGUGAUGGUGCCGGCCAUUGUACGGCGGAGGAUGCAAAGGUUGAGUGUGGCGGUGCGGUCGAUGGGGAUGCAGGCGAGAGACCUGCAUCGCUAGUUCAUGGUGUUUGUGUAUUAUUGCUGGAGCUGGACCAGGACAUUUUACAGAACAUGAUCUUUGAGAAUAAUGAAGACUAUUUGUCCAGUGUAGAGGAGCACAUUGUGACAGAUGAUGCAGAGAAGGAAAUUCCUUCGCAAUCUACGGCAGCAAAGCGUGCCACCACAGUGGACUUCUCGCAGACAAACCAUAAUGAUUCUUGACAGUCUUAAAAAAAAAAAAAAAACUUGUCAAUUAUAUCAGCUUCGUAACAUCCACAAUCCUCUCAAGCCCUUGUGAACCGCAAAGUUUGAUCCUGACUAAACGGUGCUGCGUUGCAUCCCAAUCUGAGGGCCUUAUCACACUCAUACUAGCCCUUUCCUCAAUGUAUAUUAUGACUGCAAUUACAGCCAUAAUGUGAUGCAUCUGACCAUGAUCCGGUCCAGAGCUCAUAGAAAAACUCGCAUGGUUCACUAUGGGCAUUUAGCAGAACACGUUUUUUUUUCUUUUUUUUUCUUUUUUUUUAAUGAACACGUGACAUUGCAUGCAUGCAUGAAUGAUCCUUUUUUAUUUUUUUAACAAAACGGGCCCAGUGCC